GCAAGCGGCGGCAGCAUCGAACGCCGAACUCCCUACUCGAACUUCGGCUGCCGCUCAACGCGGCCCAACCGACUCCGGUAACAUGCCGAUAUCCAACCGCAACCGGACCGUGACACUGUCGAAGACGAAGAAGAAGGGGAGGAAACACAAGGAAGCGGUGGCGAACGCGAUCAAGCAGGCGCUGGAGGAUUCCGACUCCUCCUAUGUGUUCACGCUCCAGAACAUGAGGAAUCAGAGGUUGAAGGAGUUCAGGGAGCGACUCAAAUCCACCAGCAGGUUCUUUCUUGGGUCGAACAAAGUCAUGCAGAUAGCCUAAGGGCGAUCCAUAGCCGAUGAAGUGAAAAGCCCCGCGUUUGUAAACUUUCUAAGGUGCAUUUUCAUGUUCUUCCCCUUUUAAACUUUGUCAUUGUUAUUUGGUAGAGAUUUCAUGACUUUUUAUCAUUGUUCAUGCAAGCCAAUCUGUAUACUGUAUCUGGACUAAUCUUGUCAACGAGGAGGUUCAAAGGUCGUAGUCCUGGAUAUUUGUUUCAAUAUACUUGUUCAAUCUUUUGUGUCUAUAUGUGCUUCUUCAUUGGACAUCCUGGUUAUAAUGGGUUCAUGUCGAGGUGGGGUGCCAUUGUACCCUUCCAAGACCAUUCUGUAGCAGUUGCGGAAGCCUUGCACACUGGCUGCCCUUGGGACACUUAACCUACUGCUUUGGUUAAAUAGCUAUGCUGCAUUAUGCAGACAUUGAAGGUCACUUCAGAUUUUAGGUGUAUGCAGCUGUCUGUCCCACCAAAGGCUUGUGUUGGCAGCAUUCUUGAGUUAUGGAGUUAUGUCAUAAUGCAAAUGCAUUUUAGACCUCUUUAUUUUGUUUCUACGUUCUGCUAUUUGUUUGUUGACUUUUUUUUUUGGGUUC